AUGGGUGGCGAAAAAAUUUAUGGAGUUCGGAAUCCAGGGAUAACUUCAACUAUGAAAACGAUGGUGUCACAUGGUAAAAGUGCUAUCCAUGCACUUUUAUGUAGUGGUUGGACCUCAAGUGCCGAGACCUCAGCUAUAUGCAAAGUUUUUAGUGGUAUAAUGGGAUUUGCAGAAAACUACAAAAAAGGGGUUCUAAAUAUAAAACAUGAGUUUCUGUUGGUUAUUGCAAGAUCCUUCAAAAACUGUUAUGUGGGUGAAUGUGAUGCUGAAUUGACUAUAUUUAAGAUUGAAUGGAAGGUUCAACACAUCGUUCCAGAAGAUCGUUACAAAGUCAAGAUUCUGCAAAGGUUGAAUAAACAUGUGAGCUCAAGGAUCAAGGUAGCAUUUCGAUCUUGGGAUCUCUAUGAGCUUCCAUCUCUUCGUUCUACAUCAUCGGAUGCUUGGGCAAUUAGAACAACCAGUAAACUAGAGAGACCUCUAUUCGUUAUCAUUGGAUUUCAAGAUUCUACAGUUGAAGAAAAUCAUUCGAUGGAUAUAACGAAAUUCAUAAAUGCCAACGUUAACUCGAUUCGCUUGAAGUUGAACAACCAAGUAUUCCCAUAUGAAAGGAGGAACUUGAAUUUCGAAAAAAAGCUCAACACCGCAGCAUAUUAUGAAUUUGAGAGCUUUCAAAAAACAUACUACAACCGGAACAUUUCUGAACCUAUGAUGGAUAUUAAAAAAUUUAAUGACAAUUCGCUUUUCGUUAUUGAUUGCAGUCACCAGCCUGAUCAUCUACAACUUUCAACUGUCGACAUAUCUUUGGAAUUUGAGACCAGGAAAACUGCACUUCCAUUCCACACCAAGGUGUACGCAUUAGUUAUUAAUUACUCAUGUUUCAGUUACAAUGCUUUUGAUGGUUCUAUCCAAAAUGGACUUAUUCAUUCCUAUUAA